UUUCGCUGUCUGAAUCUUUUUAGAACUCUCUAAAACACCCUACUGAUUCCUUCUCUCCAGAUGAACAGCGACGGAGGAGGAUCUCGUCGCAUCAAGUGGCUACUAGGUUUCGGCUUCUUCGUUCAAGGAUUCAGAGGCUUCCCAUGGCUUGGAGCCAAUUUCUUCCUCACAGACGAGCUACGUGUCAAUCCUUCAGUCUUGCAACUUCUCCAGAACUCUGCUAAUCUCCCAAUGGUCGCUAAACCAAUAUACGGUGUCGUUUCAGACGCUGUCUACUUCUUUGGCCAGCAUCGUGUCCCUUACAUCGCUUUUGGAGCUUUGCUACAAGCAGUGUCAUGGCUCGCUAUAGCUUUCUUGGCGAGAUCGAAUGUGUCAAUAUUAGCUUUAUCAUUGUAUCUUCUCCUUAGUAAUCUCGGUGCUUCGGUUGUUGAAGUAGCGAAUGAUGCUAUUGUUGCUGAGGCUGGUAAGCAGAAGAACUCUGAGUUACCUUCUUUUGUUUGGAUGGCUUCUUCUCUUGGUGGAAUCCUUGGUAACUUAUUAGGUGGUAUUGCUAUCAAUACGUUUUCUUCUCAGUCAACGUUUCUAGUGUUUGGUCUCUUAGCUCUUCUUCAAUUCUUUGUGACUAUAAAUAUCAGAGAAAAGUCUUUGAAUCUUCCGGAGAAUCCAGCACCUACUGGUGGGAUCAGGAGCCAUGUCUCUGACCUUUCACGUGUGUUGAAGAAGCCGGAGAUCUCUUACUCCAUUGCGUGGAUGGCUUUAUCAACCGCUUUGGUUCCUGUUCUUACAGGGACUAUGUUCUUUUACCAGACGAAGAUCUUGAACAUUGAUGCUUCACUGUUAGGUAUCUCUAAGGUUGUUGGUCAGGUUGCAAUGCUACUAUGGGGUGUUGCUUACAACCGUUGGCUUAAAACUACUUCCCCGAGGAAACUUAUCGCAGCCAUUCAGGGAACUGUGGCUGUCUUUGUGGUAUCUGAUCUCUUGUUUGUGAAAGGAGUGUACAGAGACAUGGGACUACCGGACUCUGUGUAUGUGCUCUUCGUUUCAGGAAUCUUGGAGACUUUGUUUUAUUUCAAGAACCUGCCUUUCACGGUGUUAAUGACAAGGUUGUGUCCUCGUGGCUGUGAAGGGUCUCUCAUGGCGUUUGUUAUGUCAGCUAUUGCACUUGCCUUCAUAGUCAGCGGGUAUCUUGGGAUUGUUCUGGCGUCGUUUGUGGAAGUGACGGUUGAUGAUUACUCCGGGUUUGCUGGUGGACUCGCUGUAGAAGCGAUCUGCGUUGUGAUCCCACUGGUGUUAACUUCUUGGAUAUACGAUGAGGCUGAAGCAGAGGAGAAGAGUAAAAAGAAAGAGUGAACUAGCUUGUCUGUAUAUAUAUGUGUGUGUGUGACAGUUUUCUUCUGUGGUUUGAGGUCUGUACUACAUGGUCUUACAAUAGUCUAUGAAGCCUUGAAUUUUGCUUUCACACAUACCAAAAUCUUGUCGAUGGUAGUAGACUAGUAGAACUAUACUUUAUGUUCGUUUAAUGUGAAGAAACACCAUAUUUGUGUACUUUAAUUUUUACCAAUCUCUCAAGUACACGAUACACAGA